AUGGUGAUUACGCGUAGUAACAACGGAGAAUCAUCGAAGCGUCGCAAGGAUGAACAAACAACCCAGGGGGCCACAGAAGAGGCCUCCGGGGGCGACUCAGCCGCUAGUGGUUCAACAAACACCACUAGCGAAACCACAACGGUCAGCGAUACGACCGCUACCUCGGCAACCGAUAGAACAACCGCAACGGAAGAAACCCAGCAAGAGGGUGAUCAAAGAUCGCAGUGCACAUUGAAGCCCGGCGAGACUAGGUCACGCCGCUCCGUAGCCUCACGCAAGAGACUCCUCGCGGAGUUAGAGGCGAAAGAGCGGUUAGCCGAACUCAAGCUCGAGCAGGCUCAGUUGCAAGCAAGAACAGAAUUGCAAGAAAUACGCGUGCAGCGACUACAAGCAGAAGCCGGAUCAACCGAUGAAGAUGAAGAAAUAGAAGACGAUUUGGCAUCAGUGCGCAUUAGUACAUGGUUGCAAGAAAAACCUACGCCUCAGCCCGCGCCACAACCCGCGCCAAAACCCGCGCCGCAGCCCGCGCCGCAACCCACGUCGUACUUCGCGCCGCAACCAGCACUGCAGAUCGCACCACCCGUACUUCAACAGUGUGCGCCGCAAUACGCUCCGCAACAUACCGCGCCGCAGAAAGAAGACUAUGGACAGGCGCAGCAGCAAAUCGACGUCGCUACCUUAGCCGCUGCUCUAUCACAAGCAGUACGAAGCACAAGGGAGCCGCCGAAAUAUAUACAAGAGCUGCCCUCAUUCAAUGGUAGCAGCAAGGAGUGGCUCAGCUUCAAGACAAUGUACGAAGAAUCUUCAAAGUACUUCACGGCGAACGAAAACAUAGCGAGAAUACGCCGAAGCUUAAAAGGGACAGCAAAAGAAGCCGCAGGUUGCCUACUUAUAAGCCAACCAGAUCCCAGAAUUAUAAUAGAAGCUUUGGAAAGGAGAUUCGGACGACCAGAAGCGUUAAUUCACUUGGAAAUAGAGAAGCUGAAGCUGCUGAACAAAGUUACGGACAAUCCCAGGGAGCUAUGCAUAUUCGCAAAUCGCAUAGCGAACGUAGUGGGCACCGUGGAAGCACUCAAGAAAGCACACUAUCUGCAUAGUCCAGAAAUGACGCGAGUUAUCACAGACAAACUCACGCCCAUAUUGAAAAGCAAAUGGUACGACUAUGCAGCCAGAAAGAAAGAAGAUAUCCCAGAGCUUAAGAAGAUAUCAAUGUUCUUAAACGAAGAAGCGGAUAAAUGCAGCGCGUAUGCCUUGCCGGAGUUCAUCGCAGAGGACAGCGAAACGAGAGAGCGAAGACCGAGAAAAAUAGAACGUGCCUUCGCCACAAGCAAGAAACCAUAUGAAGAACGCUGCCCUCAAUGCAAACAAGAACACAAACUGCCCGAUUGCAAGUCAUACGCCGCUCUGUCCACAAAUGACAGAUGGGAAGUAGCAAAGAAGUACAAUAUCUGCUACCGCUGUCUGCGAGGCAAGCAUCGUCGAUUACUGUGCAAAGCUCCACCGUGCGGAAAAGGCGGAUGCAUGAUGAAACACCAUAAAUUGUUGCAUCACGACAGAACAGCAGUAAUGGAAAAAGAACCCGCUAUGGAAACCGCAACAUCGGCAAAGGAGGUCAACACAGCGACUCGACCGUACAAGCACCGCCGCGCUUACCUAAAGAUUGCGCCCGUAACAAUAAGGGGGCCGCUAAGCUGCGUCGAAACAUACGCAUUAUUGGAUGAAGGGAGCACGGUCACCUUAGUCGAUGCCUCAAUCGCCGACGUCAUCGGCGCCGACGGCCCAGCCCACACAAUGUGGAUACAAGGGGUCGGCUCGGAGGUGAAACACGAGAAGAGCAAGAUCGUCAGCUUUAAAAUAAGAGGAACGUACGCGCAAGAAGAACACAACAUAGAAGCAGCGCGUACUGUAGAGCGGUUGGACUUCGCGCCAGAAUCCGUGAAUGAAGAUCACUUGGGGAAUUGCCCACAUCUGUUGGAUAUCAAAGAGGAUAUCACCUACGAACGCGCCUCACCGAAAGUACUAAUCGGGCAAGAUAACUGGCACCUCAUAGUAUCUAGAAAACUGCGCGUCGGCCGUCGAGACCAACCAGUCGCCUCAUACACCAACCUGGGCUGGGUUCUGCAUGGCUGUCAUAGCUCAUUGACGUCGACGGUCACCUUCUGCGGCAGACUACAUCAGAGGGAAGAUGCACCACCGAUAGAAGAAGAAAUAAAAAAUUAUUUCAAAUUGGAGUCGCUGUGCAUCGAGCCGAGAAGACCGAAAGAAGAUCCCGAGCAGCGAGCCAUGCAAAUAUUGGACGAAACCAGCCAGAGGUCAGCGGACGGCAGAUUCGAGACAGGGUUGUUGUGGAAACAAAAGGACUUCCAAAUACCAAAUAAUUAUAAAGAAGCGGAAAGGCGCCUGCACACCUUAGAGAAGAGGCUCGACCGAGACAGCAAUCUCAAGCUACAGUACGAAGAACGCAUCGAGAACCUCUUCAACUCGGGUUACGCAGAGCGCGCGCCAAUGCCACCGCCGCAAGGAAGGACAUGGUAUCUGCCACACUUCCCAGUCAUCAACCCUGCGAAACCGAACAAGCCGCCGAGAUUGGUACACGACGCCGCAGCGAAGACAGCCGGAAUAUGUCUCAACGAUAUGCUUCACUCGGGGUCCGACUUAUUACAAUCACUGCCCGGAGUGAUCAUGAGGUUCCGACAGUAUCCGUAUGCAGUGAGCGCCGAUAUAAAAGAAAUGUUCAUGCAGAUUAAAGUGCGCAAAGAAGAUACGACCAAAAAGAACGAAUGGCGUUGGCUACCGUCUAAAGAAAACGUGGCAGACGACGCAACCCGAGCCACACCAGAAGGGUUCGACGAGUCGCACCGAUGGUUCCGAGGGCCCCCGUUUCUGCAGCGUCCACCGGCAGAAUGGCCGCAGGAAGAGAAAACGACACAAUAUGACACCGGGGAAAAGCGAGAAAUAUGUAAAAUCGCUGUUAAAAGUGAAGACUCGACAACAACACAUCUUCCACAGAUAGGAAGAUUUUCUAAAUGGAUUCGCCUCAUAAGGGCGACAGCGAGAGUCCUCCUAUUCAUCGACAUGUGCAGACCAAACAAGCACGUAGUGAAGGCUGGGCGUAAACGCAACAAAGCAAGACAAGGUAGCGACCCUGGCUGGCAGAGAACAAACAAACGCAACACCCCCGCCAAGGAGAAAAAGGCGACUCCUACUGCCUCAUCGCUUGUAGGAAUACCGGCCGCUUAUCAUAUGAGAGCAGAACAACUGUGGGUGCAAGCCAGUCAGCGGGAAAGCUUCACGAAGGAGCUCAAGAGAAUCACCAGCGGAAGUGUUCCGGGAGGCGACGACAAACUAGGCCACCUGAGCACAUACAUUGAUGAAGAGGGGACCCUACGCCUCAGAGGUCGAAUAAAAGCGGCAUCAGAAGUGGAGGACGACAUGUACGACCCUCCCAUAUUAGACGGGAAGCACGCAUACACUCGCCUGUACAUAGCACACGUACACGAGAGGCUGCAUCACGGAGGCGUAGAAACAGUUGUGAAUGAAUUAAGACAGAGAUUGUACGUAAGAAAAAUACGUCCAGUAGUGAAAACUGUCGUCAAAGGAUGCCUGCCGUGCCGUCUAAGAAAAGCCAAGCCUGCAUCACCGUCUACAGGAAACCUGCCGUCCGCACGCCUCGCUCAUCACGCACGUCCGUUCACAUACACCGGACUAGACUACUUCGGGCCAAUAGAAGUCACAGUGGGACGACAUCGCGAAAAGCGCUAUGGCGCGUUAUUUACCUGCAUGACGUCGCGAGCAAUACACAUAGAAGUAGCCCACUCGUUGAGCGCAGACUCAGCCGUGUCGGCACUUAGGCGUUUUAUGAGCAGAAGAGGAUGCCCAAAAGAAAUAUGGAGUGACAACGCUACGUGCUUCAAGGCAGCAGACAAGGAGAUGGCCGAAGCAGCACUUGCAGCCCUCGAGCACGAAACCACGUGUCAACAGAUUGUGUGGAAGUACAUACCGCCAUCAGCACCGUUCAUGGGCGGCGUAUGGGAGCGAAUGGUUCGCUCCGUAAAAGAAGCCCUACGCGUCACCCUCAACGAGCGCUAUCCCAGCGACGAAACAUUGGGGACCCUGCUCGCCGAGGUCGAAAAUACUGUAAACUCCAGACCUCUCACACACGUCUCAGUCGACCCAGGAGACCCUGAAGCCAUCACGCCGAAUCACAUCCUCAUCGGUCCCAACUCGCACGUACCUGCGCCGGGACACUUCAGCAAGAAUGACGUGACGGCCCGCCAGCAAUGGAAACGAGCUCAAGCCCUAGCCGACGUGUUUUGGAGAAGAUGGGUUAAAGAAUACCUGCCCCUACUCCAACACCGGCGGGAGCCCAGCAGCGUAGGAGUAUCGCCGAAGAUUGGAGACCUAGUCAUCAUUUGUGACUCCAAUCUACCACGCAACACCUGGCCCAGAGGGAAAAUAAGUAAGGUAUAUCCUGGCGUCGACGGAGAGGUACGAGUAGUGGACGUAACCACCGGCAGUGGGCACAUACUAAGAAGACCAACGAAGAAGAUCGUCGUGCUACCAGAGGGAUCGCAGCGUGGCGACGGCGGGAGAAUGUGCACGACGCAACAAUAUUAA